AUGAAGCGCCGGCGUUUGCUAUAUAAGCAGCCUCUUCCUGCCGCGCCGUCGAGUGAUGAGCUUGGGCAGGUGAGAACGCUUGUGAGAGACAAGUGGGUUGCCUCCUACCUUGCCGAGCAUGGACGUGGGGGUCAGGAUGCACGUGCUGCGGCCAAACGAGAGUUCACCUCAGCCGCCAACAAGCGUCAGAUGCUGAGUUCCAUGCUGGAGUCUGGGCAGGUACCACCCCGGCUUCAUGCAGCAGCCACCCGUCUAAUCAUGGCUUGGACAUCUGAGACGCCCCUCCGUGGCCCACAUGAGGUGGAGGAGGGUGUCAUGAGUUCGUACCGUGGCAGUGGGACUAUGUUUCGGUAUUCAGGGUCGUGGAGCCGUGUGGACGAUGCCGCAAUGUCGGCGGUGCUGGUUGCGAAGGGUCACAAUGGCAUUUCUGAGGUAUGCAGUCGCCUCAAGUGUCACCCCUAUGUGCAAGGAUUGUGGGACGAGUUCUCGGCCUUCAGGCAGCAGCUGGUGUCAAGCACACCUAUCACGCGCUGGACUGCAGCCAUGGAGCUACAUGUGGAAGCUUCGCUUGCGGCCAACCCUCCCAUUCCAUCGGUACACAUACAUUUUAUGUUUGAUGCCAUUGGCAAGACCAUCUCAUUUCGAAAUGAGCCUGGAUUGAAGUUUCGCAACUCGCAGCCGUACAGGUCGCUUGCAGCACCAGUCGCCCGCGGACGGGCUUGCAAACGAGCCUAUGAUCAGGGGCACUUUUACUUGACUCCGCUCAAGACAGGUGCCAUACUCCAUGCCACAAAUGCACCACCGUUCAAGUCCUAUGCAGUGUCUCCAGAAUGGAUCACAAGCAUGUGGCAAGGGGAUAAAUUGUCUCCGGAAUCGGCCAAGGAACUCUAUCUCAAGUGCAAAAAGCACGUCAAACAGUAUUGUGACAAUGUCACAUCACAGGUCCAGAUGACCCAGCAGAGCAACUUGCAGGAACGCCAGGCUGCAGCACAGGCAGCCUUGCUCCGCAUGCAUCGUGGAUGCUUUCAGACGACGCUUCUUGGUGCUGGACGGACCCACGAAGCUCGGCAAGACACUCUGGAGUUGAAUUGUGCAUCGUCCAUGGAACCCAAUUUGCGGGACUUCAACAAUGAUGUUCAUCGCGCGAUCGUGUUUGAUGAGGCAUCUUGUGCCAUGGUUCUCCGGCACAAGAAGCUUUUCCAGGGUGGUGUGCAACCACUGGAACUGGCCAGCUCCAACACGAAUUGCUACUCUUACAAGGUUUGGGUCUAUGGCACGAUGAUGAUCGUCACAAGCAACACCUGGACUGCAGAGUUGCAUGAGCUGUCACCUGAGGACGCAUCAUGGCUGCGUUCCAAUUCG